AUGGGUAUCAAGAUGGCAGGCGACUCUUCACCACGGCAGUCCUCCCCUUCGCAGGAUGGGGACAUUAACCUACCUGACGCUCCAUUCCCGGCUGGCGUCGAGCAGGAUGGAAUUGAAGAUGAUUCCACAGCAAAGCCUGUCGACCAGGCCCCCGUGGCAUUGGAAGAUUUGUUUGACGACGAUGACGAUGACGACGAUCUCGAGAGCGCCUUACAUCCUUCCAGCGCAGCCAACAUACCCUCCUCACCACCACUGCAAUCAGCACCGGGCUCCUCAGUCGGCGCCACCGCGGCGACACAGCAAGAGUCGUACUCAGAUCCCACCAUAAUGAAACAGUUCUACGCUCGGCUUUUCCCCUUUCGAUCCCUUUUCCAAUGGCUCAACCACUCCCCCAAACCUGGACCCGAUUUCACGAACCGAGAAUUCGCAUUGACCCUUUCGAACGAUGCGUACCUUCGCUAUCAGUCAUAUCCUACUGCAGACUUGCUGCGCAAGGACAUCUUACGACACAUCCCCUCGCGAUUCGAGAUUGGUCCAGUCUACACCACCAACCCAAGUGAGCGGAAAACGUUGAAGAAAAGCUCCUUGUUCAGACCGUUGAGCAAAGAGAUCGUUUUCGAUAUUGAUUUGACGGACUACGACGACAUCCGUACAUGCUGUGAGAAGGCGAAUAUUUGUGCGAAAUGUUGGUCCUUCGCCACGAUGGCGAUCAAAGUCGUCGAUGUUGCCCUGAGAGAAGACUUUGGAUUCGAACACAUCAUCUGGAUCUAUUCCGGACGUCGAGGCGUUCACGCGUGGAUCAGUGACAAAGAAGCCAGAGAGCUGGACGACGACAAACGCAAAGCCAUCACCGGGUACUUUGAAGUGCUGAAGGGAGGCGUACAAGGUGGCAAGAGAGUGAAUCAGAAGCGGCCUCUCCAUCCCCAUAUUGCCCGAAGCCUUGAGAUCUUGAAACCAUACUUUCAACAGGUAUUGAUCGAGCAGGAGCCUUUCCUCUCUCAAAAAGGUCAGGACCGUCUCCUCCAAUUGCUUCCAGACAAGGCGUUGAACGAGGCCCUGGUCAAAAAGUGGUCAAGCAGCCCAGACCGACCAAGCAUCAGAAAGUGGGAAGAUAUCGACUCUCUAGCCAAGACUGGUGUCAGCAAGACGUUGGACACCAAGGCGUUGGUCGAAGCCAAGCAGGACAUCCUUCUAGAGUACACCUAUCCGAGAUUGGACGUGGAGGUCGGCAAGAAGAGGAUUCACUUGCUGAAAAGCCCCUUUGUCGUGCACCCUGGCACGGGGCGAGUGUGCGUACCCAUCACAACCGGUGGUGAUAUGGAUCGCGCCGAUGCCUUUGAUCCGCUCUCCGUGCCUAAAGUCACCGAACUGCUCAAUGAAGUCGACGAAUUCGGUAACAACGAAGCAGCUGACCCACAAACAAAUGGAUACGUCGAGGACGGCGUCACAAUGAGGAAGCUGAGUGAUUGGGAAAAGACCAGCCUCAAACCCUACGUCGAAUUGUUCGAUGGGUUUGUCAAAUCAUUGCUCAAGAGCGAAAUGGUCCGAGUUAAAAGAGAACGAGACGAAGACGGAGUCACUGGGGCGGACGGUAUGGAGUUUUGA